CAACGGUGAGACGCUGCUGCCCAAAUGCCCCCAGUCUCUCGCCCACUCCACUAAACUAAACGCCCCAAAAGUACCCUCUUAUUUACCACAACCAGUAGAAACUGUGAAAUCUGGCUAAUCUUCCCCGCAACAGAGAACUACCUGAACUCUCCAUCGCCGAUUACUGACCGGAAUCUAAAGCCAUGCAGCCGGGAGAGACCGUUUCGCGGUCGCCUCUUGACAAACCCCUUCACCAACUCACUGAAGAUGACAUUUCUCAGGUCACUCGCGAAGAUUGCCGGAGAUACCUCAAAGAAAAAGGCAUGAGACGGCCUUCGUGGAACAAAUCGCAGGCAAUCCAGCAGGUGAUCUCUCUCAAAGCGCUCCUCGAAGCGACACCGGAUUCGGACUGCAACGAAGCGCGGAGAAAGCUCUACAUUCCCCGUCCAGAUAGCCCUCAUCGCGCCCCUGCAAAUUCCUCUGUUUCAGUGAAGGAAACGAGCGCCGAUAGACGGAUCUCCGCAUCGCCUGAGGAACCGGUUCCGUAUCCCCGACAUGACCGCCCAAAGCAUGAUUUUCCCGGAGAUCCUCCGGCCCGUCUCGCAGCCACAGAAAAUGACUCGGUUUCCCCGAGGACUAAAACUGCAGCAAAUGAGCCUGUAGGACAGAUGACAAUUUUUUAUAGCGGGAGGGUCAAUGUCUAUGAUGAUGUACCAAGACAUAAGGCAAAAGCAAUAAUGCAGCUUGCUGCAUAUCCACUCUCUUUUUCUCGCGAAACUUCAUCUAACACAAUUCCUGCAUUAUGGCCCAUUCCAUGCCACCUUGAAAGUCCAGGUGUCAAAGCAGCUGCUAGUUCUCCUAUGUUGAUCUUUCCAACCCUGCAGACAGGUAAAGUGGCAGAAAACUGUCAGCUGCCCAGGGAAGAGAGCAACAUAUCACAUGAAGACAACCUAGAAGGCCCAGCAAGUAGAAAAGCAUCAGUACAGAGAUAUCUUGAAAAACGAAAAGACAGGUUUAAGAACAAGAGAAAGGUGGCAAUGCCGUCAUCUGCUAGCUCAGACAUCAACUUCAAUCAUCAAGUGGGAGAUCAAUUCUCAAAUGAUCAAUGGAACCUUAGUGGUGCAUGCUCUUCUUCUCAACCCAGACCACCCGAAACUCCUACUCGAUGCAGCUCUGAUGAGAAUACAGCAAAGCAUUCCUAUCUUCCUGUUGAUCUCGAUGACAGAGAUGUACAAGAAUGUUGACAAUGUGGAGGAUGAAUCUGUUACAUGAUGCUGUUUUAUCAGUGUGAGCCAGGACUUGCGUGUUGCGUGUUCCACUAGUUACCAUUUCUAUUUUCUGAUAUCACUGAAGAAGGCUUAAGAAAGUAGCUCCUUUGGAAGAGUUUGUACUAUACAGGUAAAGUGUGUUAUAGAAAUGUUCUUACUCUUGGAAGCAAACAAAUUCAAAGUUAAGAUUUAUCAAUAUUUCUCCA